CAUCGACAGACCUUGGUCGGACUCCUUCGGACCCGUGCUCACUGUGAUAACUUUCCAAGUAACUCAAGCUGGUAACGCAUCUUCCAGCGUCUAGCGAGUCAUUUCCGCGUGUCACAUCUUACUAGGCUCGCGAUCGUCUCCAUUAUCAUAACUUACCAACCAUAUCUACACGAUAUUUCUCGUUCCCCGGGAUCGUUGUAUAAUUUGGCGCUCACGCACAUCACCAGAACACUGAAGAUACGCUCGUAGUGGCAUGCGACCAUAACAGUGUUUUACUUUCGUCACUUGCCAGCUAUCUGUGUUGCAUACCAUCUUGUCAUCAAUUGACAUUCGCCAUCCAUGACUUCAAUACGCUGGAAACCACAAACCACGUAUCGCUCUCCCACUGCCAGCACAUCCGCCCUCCACCUAGAAGUGCCACCAGCUGGCUCUCAUGCAUCUUCAUCAAGUCAUUCUCCCUCCCCUCAAUCGCUUCCCCUUCAAUCUCUUCCGCAGUGGACGAUCCACCAGUCCAGUCAGUCCAAGAGAUAUAAGAGAUGGAUGAUGGGUCCCUCACUGCCCCUUUAUCAUCCUCUCGGUCGUCUUGCCCUGUCUCUCCCCGAUUUGGAUCCAACUGCGUUCGGGCUCCCCGCGCCGGCCGUAAUCAUGGAUGAUCCCACGCGCCGAUCCUCAAAUCGCACGCGUCGCCCCGCGCCCAAAGUACGCGACGCAAAUGAGCCAGCUCCUUCCCCCGCUCCCCUCAUUGAUGUCGCUCCUGUCCCUGAGCCUGAAAUCAAGGAUAAACCCAGUUCCCGCAGGAGGCGCCCUGCUGGUAGCGGAAGCAAAAGAAAGCGCAGGGAGGUUGAUGACGGUGACGCGACCUAUCCUGCCAAGCGCUCCCGCAACCCCAGGAACUCCGCUGCAAAUUCCACGACCCGCACUCCUACAGGUGGAGAGCCUUCCCCUCCAUACUCUGUCGACAAUUCUGCUCCUUCCCCUGCUGAUCAUGACGGUCCGGAAGAAAAGCGGCCCGAACGCCGGACUGCCAAGUCACGUGGUCUUCCAGCUCGUAGGGACUCUACUGCAAGCGAGGCAACUGUCACGUCAGUAUCAGCCUCGAUUGUUGUAACUAAUGGCAAGGAUGUCGGUGACGAUGCUGUGGACACCGACGCUUCGCCAUCCAGGUCGCCUCAGGAUGCUGAGUCUGCUGCCCCCAGUGGGGGCCUCAGCAGCAAAGACGCCAGUUCGGAUGGAGGUGAUAAAACCGCAAACAACGUUUCUGGGUAGCGUUCCACUUUCUUCGCGGUUUCUGUAUAUAUGAGAUGUUUUGAUUUAUUAACAACGACACGCAUCCCUUGUCUAUUGCUAUUUGUCCUUGGCCAUCUUCCUUACUCGUUUUUUAUCAUUGUUAAUAUUUACUUAUCCGCGUUUCAUUCAUGUACUCCCUCUUAUUCUCUCAUUGACUUAUGAUUGGCUUAUGAGCAGGUUAUUUAUAAAGUAUUUAUACUGUUUCAAUAAGACAUCUGGAUUAGAU